AUGGAGGACAACAAAAUCAAGGCGUAUCGCCUCAUCGGCUAUGCCGCAGUUUCGCUCAGUGCUGUCGGAAUCCUUUCGGUGUGCAUCACCCUUCCUUUGGUGUAUUCCUAUGUGAACAACCUCAAGGCUCAGAUGCACGCUGAUUUGAGACAGUGCCGUGAGACGGUCAACUCGGUCUACGCCUCAGCGGUUGCCAUGCCAGCACUUCCAGCUAGCCGAAAUCGUACUGCGCGCCAAGCUGGAUAUUCAUUUGACGCAGAAGUCGCAUCAUACGAUUCGACGUGCAAUGGAUGCUGUCAAGGACCAAAUGGACCAAACGGUCAUCCAGGAAACUCUGGACCACCAGGACCACCAGGAGGACCAGGACGUUCGGACAAUCCAAAGCCAGGAAAGCCAGGAACUCCAGGACGUCCAGGACCAAAGGGACCACGUGGACCAGCUGGACUACCAGGAACCGAUGGAGGACGUGGACAACCUGGAAGUCGUGGACCAGCUGGUCGGCCAGGAAAGCCAGGACUCGACGGAGUUCCAGGUCAGCCGGGACUGCCAGGAAACGACGGAACCCCAGGAGAACAAGGAAUCUGCCCCAAGUACUGCUCCAUCGAUGGUGGAAUAUUCUUCGAAGACGGCACUCGUCGUUAA